GCGCUUGCAAAGUAUGGUCACUGUAUCCGUCGCCUAGCAACCACGUUGUUGGCCUCCUCCUGCCAAGGACGGCGGAGGAGAGGUGUUAACUGUAAAUACAAAAUGUAUAUUGUUUUGUGUUCAGGUGAAAUAUGUUUGUGCAGAAACGCCGAUUUUAAAACGCUAAAUCGGCAGAAUGUCGCUAUGUGACCCAUUUGUCCUGUAUUUUAGCCUUCGGCCAUGACGGUUGUUCGGGUCCAGCUCAAACACGAGCGUCUUUGAGCGCGAGGGCUUCGGGGAGACGCGGGGGGUUCGUGCUCGAUGCGGUCCGCGCUCGUGCUGCUACGUAGGCAGUGACUUCACGCUCGUCUCUCGGCGCACGUCCAGCGGCCGUCGCUCCUCAAGCACAGCGGAAACAUCGGCGAGAAAACCCGGCGGGCCGCUCACCGCUCGCCGCAUACGCGUUGAAAUGACACGGACGUGAGAGGACGUCAAUAGGCGGUUUAUCGUCAACAAACGGCUUUACGGUGCACGAGCUUCUGCCGAGACCACGCUUUUUUUUUCUUCCAAGCCGCGGUGCGUUCACUUGCUCUGAUAUGGCUUUAAAAUGAAGACUGGCCGUUUCUGGAGGUGAUGGCGACGAUGGGCGCGCGAUCGAUAACAUACGGUGGCAGCAAUGGCGGAGGCAGCAGACGCUGCGAUCGCCACGUCCUCCUUCCCAACACGGGACUAGUUUGAAAAUCAAUGGCCCUGGGAUCGUGGUGAAGCGCCGGCAGCACAAUGAACGCCACCGCGGCACCGUCGGACCUGGCGGACGCGCCGCGGCACCACACGCUCAACGGCAGCCUGGCCGCGCAGACGCCGGCGAGCUGGGCCGUCAUCCACACCGCCACCUUGACCUUCUGCUCCCUCCUCCUCGUCUUCAUCUUCUGCCUGGGCUCCUACGGCAACCUGGUGGUGUUCCUGUCCUUCUUCGACCCGGCGUUCCGCAAGUUCCGCACCAACUUCGACUUCAUGAUCCUCAACCUGUCCUUCUGCGACCUGUUCAUCUGCUGCGUGACCGCCCCCAUGUUCGCGCUGGUGCUCUUCCUGGACGCGGGCGGCGCCGACGGCGUGUCCAAGAGCUUCUGCUUCGCCUUCCACCUGACCAGCUCGGGCUUCAUCAUCAUGUCCCUGGAGACGGUGGCGGUCAUCGCCCUGCACCGGCUGCGCAUGGUUCUGGGGCAGCAGCCCAACCGCACCGCCUCCUUCCCCUGCACGCUGGCGCUGACGGCGCUGCUGUGGACGUCCAGCUUCACCAUGGCGGCGCUGCUCACCAUGCGGGCGUACCCGCGCCGCGACGGGCCCUGCCUGCCCCACUUCGGCCUGGGGGGCGGCGACGCCAGGGUGGUGCUGUACGUCUACCUGGCCGACUUCGCCUUCUGCGUGGCCGUGGUGUCCGUGUCCUACCUGACCAUCGCGCAGACGCUGAGGAAGAACGCGCAGGUGAGGAAGUGCCCCGUCAUCAGCGUGGACGCCACGUGCCCGCCGCCGCCGCCGCUCGUCGCCGCGGGCUUCGAGAGCGUGCAGUGCACGGCUCAAGGCCCGUCCCUGUACCGGAACCAGACCUACAACAAGCUGCAGAACGUGCAGACGCACACUUACGCCAACAGGAGCGGCCAGUGCGUGGUCCCCGGCGCCGCCCCAGGAGCCACGUGCUGCCAGGUGGUGUCCACCGUCAACCUGGCCACGGCCAAAGACUCCAAGGCGGUGGUCACCUGCGUGGUCAUCGUGAUCUCCGUGCUGCUGUGCUGCCUGCCCAUGGGCGUCUCGCUGGCGCAGGACGUGCUGUCGCCGGAGAGCACCUUCGCGCACUACCAGUUCGAGCUGUGCGGCUUCGUGCUCAUCUUCCUCAAGUCGGGCGUCAACCCCUUCGUGUACUCGCGCAACAGCGCCGGCCUGCGGCGCCGCGUGCUCUGCUGCGUGCAGUGGGCGGCGCUGGGCUGCUGGUGCUGCAAGCAGAAGACCCGCCUGCACGCCAUGGGCAAGGGCAGCCUGGAGGUCAACCGCAACAAGUCCUCCCACCACGAGACCAACUCGGCCUACGUGCUGUCGCCCAAGCCCCAGCGGCGGCUGGUGGACCAGGCCUGCGGGCCCAGCCACUCCAGGGACUGCGGCGGCAGCCCGAGGGCCGCGGGCGCCCGCAAGCCCCGCCCCCCGAGCACCUCCACGCCCAUCAACACCCGCAUCGAGCCCUACUACAGCAUCUACAACAGCAGCCCGUCCGCCGGGCCCAGCUCGCCGACCAGCCUGCAGCCCGCCAGCUCCCAGGCGUUCGCCUUCGCCAAGUCGUACGUAGCCAUGCAUUACCACACCCACCAAGACGCGCUGCAGGACUUUGAAAGCACCUCCGUGCACCAGAUUCCCAUUCCCUCGGUGUAGAAGGAGCGAGCGGACAGUGCCACCGUGGUGAAUGCGGACGCAGCCCAUUUCCAACAUCUGGACCCAGUAUUAAUCUCGUGUUCAUUUUUAUGGUGAAUGUACAUGUGAAGUAAAAAGGAAACAAAGCAGUUCCAUUAACCUUUUCAAAGAUAGCUGCAUUCUCACCCAGAACGUGGCCGCGCUGCACACGCAUGUGCGACCGUAGGCCAGGUCUCAUGGCGGCUGAAGGCUGUGGCAGACACACACACACGGCUGUGGAUGGCAUGCGGCUGCACUUUGAUAGCGUUUUGCUUCUUGAAAUGAAUUGUAUUUGUGAACCUCAUACACUUUUCAACAAAAUAAAUGUUUGGCAAGUGGA